GCGCGGGCGGCUCCUGAGGAGAAAAGUGGCCCGGCGAGGCGAGCGAGCGGACGCGGCUCUCUAGGCCGGACCGGCAGCCUCGUCCUGCGGGUGGAGAGAUGGCGUUCGUGCUGCUGGCGCGCUGCGGCCGGGGCGCCUGCUCCGUCCCCAGGCGCCUGCGCUGGGAGCCCGAGGCCGGUCAUUUGGAAAACCGUGCUUGUUUUAGCUGUGCAUCCCUGAGGCUAAUAAAUCAUACGACUGUUCAUUUUAAAUAUUGCACUAGUGCCUCUCCUGUUUACGUUUGCUUUGCAAAAGGGGAUUACAAUCGGACUGAAGGAUCAGGACAAAGGCACUUUACAGCUUUGAGAUCGUUUGACCUGUGGUCACCCACUGCUAAUGGAGGUGUUUUGGGGCCAUGCUAUCUUCCAGUACGACAGUGGCAUUCUUCACAACCCCGUUAUGAUGACUCCGUGGUAGAAAAGUCGCUUAAGUCUCUCAAGGAUAAAAAUAAGAAACUGGAAGAAGGGGGCCCAAUUUAUAGCCCAACAGUAGAAGAAAGCAUAGUUAAAAAAUCUAUAGGACAGAGAAUUGUUGAUGAACUGAAGCACUACUAUCAUGGCUUUCGAUUGUUGUGGAUUGAUACAAAAAUUGCUGCAAGGAUGCUCUGGAGAAUUCUUCAUGGCAGCACUUUAUCCCGCCGAGAACGGAGACAGUUCCUUCGGAUAUGUGCUGAUCUCUUUCGGUUGGUCCCUUUCCUAGUCUUUCUUGUGGUUCCUUUCAUGGAAUUCCUGCUUCCCGUAGCUUUAAAGCUGUUCCCCAAUAUGCUCCCUUCAACAUUUGAGACAAAGUCGAAGAAGGAAGAGAGAUUGAAGAAAGAGCUUAGAGUGAAGCUUGAACUGGCUAAAUUCCUUCAAGAUACCAUUGAAGAGAUCGCCUUAAAAAAUAAAGCAGCCAAAGGGAAUGUUACUAAAGACUUUUCCACCUUCUUUCAAAAGAUCCGUGAAACUGGUGAAAGACCAAGCAAUGAAGAAAUUUUACGAUUCUCUAAACUAUUUGAAGAUGAGCUAACCCUUGAUAAUCUCACAAGACCUCAGUUGGUCGCUCUCUGUAAACUGUUAGAACUUCAGUCAAUCGGGACAAAUAAUUUUCUUCGUUUUCAGCUAAUAAUGAGGUUGAGAUCUAUAAAAGCAGAUGAUAAACUGAUCGCCGAGGAAAAUGUGGAUAGCCUGACGGUUAAAGAGCUACAAGCAGCAUGUCGUGCAAGAGGCAUGAGAGCACUUGGCGUAACAGAAGACCGUUUGAGGGAUCAGCUUAAGCAGUGGUUAGACUUGCAUCUGAACCAGGAAAUUCCAACUUCACUGCUUAUUUUAUCCAGAGCUAUGUACCUUCCAGAUACUCUUUCACCAGCUGACCAGCUUAAAACAACCCUGCAAACACUACCUGAAAGUGUGGCCAAGGAAGCUCAAGUUAAAGCGGCAGAAGUGGAAGGAGAAAAAGUGGACAAUAAAGCCAGACUGGAGGCAACCCUCCAGGAGGAAGAAGCUAUUAGGAAAGAAAACCAAGAAAAAGAAUUGGAAAGGCUGUCAGAAGCUGCUGAGAAGGCCAAAGAGACUCUUCAGGUCGCUGAAAGGAAGGAGGUGGAUGCAAUAGAUCUUGAUACUUCAGCUGUCCAUAUAAAGGAGAGCAAGAUAGCUGUGGAUACCGAACAAGAACUGGCAAAGGUGGACUUGACCCUGCAUUCAGAGACUUUGAAAGAUACAGCACCCGUAUUGGAGGGCAUCAAGGGUGAAGAAAUAACCAAAGAAGAGAUUGACUUGUUAAGUGAUGCUUGUAGUAAACUGAAGGAACAAAAGAAAUCGCUAACAAAGGAAAAGGAGGAGCUUGAGGAGCUCAGAGAUGAUGUGCAGGAAUAUAGUGAGGAUUUGCAAGAGAUCAAGGAGUUGUCUAAGGAGGGAGAAGAAGAAAUAGUUGAAGAGUCUAAAGCAAGCAAGAGAUUGACUAAAAGAGUGAACCGAAUGAUUGGACAGAUUGACAAAAUUAUCACGGAGUUGGAGACAGAACAAAAAGUGGUGGACGGACAACUGGACAGUAGUGCUAGCCCUCCCAUUGGGUUGUGUUUCCCAUUUAGGGAGAAUAUCAUCAGUAUCAAUGAGCUUAUCAAUGUGAUGAAACAGAUUCAGAAGAUACCCGAAAGCAAACUAAACAGGCUUGCCCAAGCACUAGAUGAAAAUAAAGAUGGAAAGAUUGACAUAGAUGAUGUUUCCAAGGUGGUAGAACUCAUCGACAAAGAAGAUAUUGAUAUUUCUACUAACCAAGUUGCAGAGAUCAUGUCACUGUUGCAGAAAGAGGAAAAACUAGAAGAAAAAGAGAAAAUUAAAGAAAAGACUGAGAAGGAAGCUCUAGAAGUCAAGAAUUAAUGAAUUAGUCUUCAAUUUGAUUUCAAGGCUGAAGUGGAACAUCUUAUGUUACCUUGUCCAGCACCUCCUAUCUGUGAGAUGAUGAACAUUAUUGAUAUAUAGGUUAAUCAGGAAAUAAUAAGAAGUUGGGUAGGCAGAAUGAAACUUUUCCCUGAUCAAACAUGGGCAAUUUAUCAUUCCAGGAAGAUGAGAGCAGUCUUGGUCUUUAAAUAAUGUAUUCCUCCUUGUGGAAUUUUGUGUACUCUUUGGUAUUCUGUAGUGAUUCAGUACAUUUUAUUGUCCCCAGAUCAUGAUACAAAUUAGGAAUUUCCUUGCAUUGUGCAAGGAAUUUACAUUUUUUGUUAAAUAAUAUUACGUAUACUUGGCAUGCAGUUUGUCUUCUGUACUUGGCAAAGAGGUGAAAUUCUGUGCAGCAAAAUUAGCAGUAUAUAAACCAUCCAAAAAUAUCUUAUUAUUUUUUAAUGAAGCUUCAAAAGGGCUUAUAUAGCAAACACAUUAGUUCUGAAAGUGCUGUCGUUGUGUUGACCUAGCGCACCCUCCAGACAGUUACACUUUUAGAACUUUAGAAAUUUUUAACAUGCUCAGAUGCUUUAAAAAAAACCAGCUUCUCAACACUAAAUAAUGUACAUGCAGAAAAUUAAAUAUAAGGGGGAUUGCAGCAAUAUCCCACUCAGUUCCUUGCUCUGCUUUAAUUUUUCCCAUACUUCUGCUACACUCUCUCUGGUCUCCCUCCCGUUGCAAUUUGUAAUAGGAAAUCCUAUCAGACUUCUGUCAUUUUUAAAAGCCACAGGGCAACCAGCAAUCUCAGCAGCUGCAUUUCUCCAGAUUCCCUACACACCCUCUUCCCUGUGGAUCUGAAGGCUACGUAAGGGACACAUAGGUAGAGAGAGGGGGAGCUUUUAUGCCUUGACUGAAGGCACUCACCCAAGCCACCCCUCACUCACUUCCUUAAAGAUGCCUUUAACCCUAGGAAUUAAAAGACUUCUUGAUGCAGCAAACUCCAUUUUUUUGAAUUAAAACAAGGAGGAAACCAGACUUUUAAAUAUUUAAACGUUUUGAAAAUGCA